AUGGGUAUUGAUCUGAUCGCUGGAGGUAAGAGCAAGAAGACCAGAAGGACAGCUCCCAAGUCCGACGAUGUCUACCUCAAGCUCACUGUCAAGCUUUACCGGUUUUUGGUAAGGAGAACACAGAGCAAGUUCAAUGCAGUGAUAUUGAAGAGGCUCUUCAUGAGCAAAGUCAACAAAGCUCCUCUUUCUCUAUCUAGACUCGCCGAAUUCAUGGCCGGCAAGGAAGGUAAGAUUGGUGUCUUGGUUGGAACAAUAACCGAUGAUGUGAGGAUUCAAGAGAUUCCAGCAAUCAAAAUCACUGCCUUGAGGUUCACAGAGAGAGCCAGAGCUCGCAUUGAGAAAGCCGGUGGAGAGUGCUUGACCUUUGAUCAACUCGCUCUCAGGGCUCCAUUGGGACAGAACACGGUUCUCCUUAGAGGACCUAAGAACUCUCGUGAAGCUGUGAAGCAUUUCGGUCCUGCUCCUGGUGUUCCAGGCAGUACCACAAAGCCAUAUGUUCGUCACAACGGAAGGAAGUUCGAGAGGGCCAGAGGAAAGAGGAAGAGUCGUGGAUUCAAGGUUUAA